AUGAAAAGGCUUUCCAGAAAGCUGAGUAUAACUCUGUCAGUAUUAUUGUGGGUAGCUGCGUUACUGUAUCUGUUGGUGUUAAAUAAACGGAAAUUAUCCGGUUUGGGAACUGAAGAGCAAGACAUAAAGCUCUCUGAGGCGGAGUGGGAUGAUCUCCUGGAUCGCUUCGAGGAGAAACGGUACCUGAGUGCCCACCGGUGGAAGCCGGGACAGGACCCCUACAAACUGUAUGCCUUCAACCAGCAGGAGUCUGAACGUAUCCCCAGCAACCGCGCCCUCAGAGACACCCGCGACCAUAGGUGCACUGCAUUGCAUUAUGGGCCGGAGCUGCCGCCCACGUCCAUGGUGAUCACAUUCCACAAUGAGGCGAGAUCCACUCUGCUGCGCACUGUCCGGAGUGUUCUCAACCGAACCCCUUUACACCUGAUACAUGAGAUCAUACUAGUAGACGACUUCAGUGAAGACCCUAAUGACUGUCUCCUUCUCACAAAGUUGCCCAAAGUGAAAUGUCUGCGAAACUCCCAGAGAGAAGGUCUGAUCCGGUCCCGGGUGCGAGGGGCAGAUGCUGCUCAGGCUAGGGUCCUCACCUUUCUGGACAGCCACUGCGAGGUCAACAAAGACUGGCUGCUCCCACUGCUGCAGAGAGUGAAGGAGGACCCAACCUGUGUGGUGAGCCCAGUCAUCGACAUCAUCAGCAUGGACUCCUUCGCCUACGUGGCGGCCUCCUCUAACCUGCGUGGAGGCUUCGACUGGAGUCUGCACUUCAAGUGGGAGCAGCUGACCGCCGAGCAGAGGGCCAGACGGAACGAUCCCACGGAGCCCAUAAAGACUCCGAUCAUCGCAGGAGGGCUCUUUGUGAUUGACAGGUCCUGGUUCAAUCGCCUGGGGAAGUAUGAUACCUCCUUGGACAUUUGGGGCGGGGAGAAUUUUGAGAUCUCAUUCCGGGUUUGGAUGUGUGGCGGGUCGCUGGAGAUUGUCCCAUGCAGCAGGGUGGGGCAUGUCUUCCGGAAGAAACACCCCUAUGUCUUCCCCGAGGGAAACGCCAACACCUACAUCAGGAACACCAAGAGAACUGCAGAAGUGUGGAUGGAUGAGUUUAAACAGCUCUACUACUCUGCUCGACCAGCGGCCAGGGGAAAGGCCUUCGGGGACGUUCACAGCAGGAAGGAGCUCCGUCAGAGUCUGAAGUGCAAACCCUUCAGGUGGUAUUUGGACAAUGUUUACCCGGAGCUCAAACUCCCGGACGAUCCGGGUUCCAGAUCUGGGCUAAUCCGACAGGGGCAGACCUGUGUGGGGUCCCGCAGGCUGGAAGGCCAGGAGCUGCCCCUGCUAACGCUGGGGCCCUGCAUCGGGACGAAGGUGGCCCCACAACUCGACCAGGUCUGGACCUACACACACGGGCAGCAGGUUCGCCAAGGCCAGCACUGCCUGUCCCUCCCCACUGCCGCCAUUCCCGCCUCCCAGGUGAUGCUGGAGGCCUGCAGUGAUGGGGACAGGAAGCAGAGGUGGCAGAGGUCUGGGGUGCGGUUGGAGCAUGUUCCCUCUCACCUGUGCCUGGACAGCGAGGUGGAGGUGGCCCUGGAGGGAGUGGAGAGCGGCGGGGUGCUGGUGGUGAACCCCUGUGACAGGCUGUCCCGCACGCAGAGGUGGGAGGGGCCCUUCUCCUGA